AUAAUCUGUUAGUCGUGUCUCAAAAUUUGUUUAGCUAAAUUGUUCAUUUAAACUUACAGCCUGGCAAAACUCCCUUUUCUUUCUAUUAAUACUUUUCUGACGUUGUACAAGAUACUCCCUUAAAAUCGUAUAAGAAAUUGUUAAUUUUUAAGCAGUACGCCAAAUCUAAUUUCGAAAUGCUUUUGGCCCGUAUCAACCAUGUGCUGUCUGGACGACCGUUGCGACUUUUGGGUCAGUCUGGAGGUCCUCGCUUGUGGAGCUCCGCCCAUCCGCAGAUGAAGAGUAAUUCUAUGAGAAUGCCCUUGUCAGCUCGAGGAAAACCAGUGAUUCCUAACAGAAAUAUGCAGGAACUUGGGAUGAGAAAGUAUUCCAGGGAGUCGAGAGAUCGCGACCGUUCUCAACUGGAGAGUAGAACCAGGGGUCCCUCUCUGAAGGAGCGCAUGAUGGGACCUCCUAGUGAGAAUGCUUACUCCAUGGGCAAAGGAGCGGCCGCUGGAGCGGCUCUGAUGGGUAUCGUCGGUCUGUGUUACUAUGGUCUCGGCCUUGCCAAUCAACCCAGUAUCUACGAUCACUCGAUGGUAUGGCCACAGUACGUUAGGGAUCGUAUUCAUGCCACCUACGCCUAUUUUGGAGCAUCCUGUGGUGUAACAGCUGCUUCAGCCGUUGCCUUUUUUCAAUCGGAUGCCAUGAUGGCUCUGAUGACGCGUUCCGGAUGGGUUGCCUCACUGGUUACCCUGGGACUUGUAAUGCUUAGUGGAUCAAUUGCACAAGGCAUAGAGUAUCAGCCAGGUUUUGGGGCCAAGCAGCUGGCCUGGCUCGUCCACUGCGCCGUUUUGGGAGCUGUCCUGGCGCCCAUGUGCCUUCUGGGCGGACCCAUCCUGACCAAGGCUCUUCUGUAUACCAGCGGAAUUGUGGGUGCCCUGUCUACAGUGGCCGCUUGUGCACCGAGCGAAAAGUUCCUGCAUAUGGGUGGACCGCUGGCCAUUGGGUUGGGCGUGGUCUUCGCCUCCUCGCUAGCCUCCAUGUGGUUGCCUCCCACUACUGCAGUGGGGGCGGGACUGGCCAGCAUGUCUUUGUACGGCGGACUGAUUCUGUUUAGCGGAUUUCUCUUGUACGAUACGCAACGGAUCGUUAAAUCGGCGGAGUUGUACCCCCAGUACAGUAAAUCGCCAUACGAUCCAAUUAAUCACGCCCUAGCCAUUUACAUGGAUGCGCUGAACAUCUUUAUUCGCAUCGCAAUUAUAUUGGCAGGAGAUCAAAAGAGAAAAAACUGACGGUCUAAAUUAUAUACCACAAGUUGUAUAAUUGAAUUACAAUUAUCUUUUUCAUA